CUCGCUCUCUCUCACUCUCCCCGUCUAGAUGUAUAUCCAAACAACCACACUGACUAUCUCCCUCAGCCUGUCUGCCUCUGUGUCUCUGGGGAUGCUCUACAUGCCCAAAGUCUACAUCAUCCUUUUCCACCCUGAGCAGAACGUACCUAAACGAAAACGCAGCUUCAAGGCGAUUGUGACGGCUGCGACCAUGUCGGGAAAACUGACUCAGAAGGGAGGAGACCGGCCCAACGGGGAGGUGAAGACUGAACUAUGUGAGAGCAUGGAGACCAACAGUGAUUUCAUCAACUAAGACGACAUAUGUCAGCUACAGCAAUCAGGCCAUCUGAAAGGACAACUGAAGAGCGAGAAGGGGAUUGGACAGAAAAUGGGGGCGUGUCUUUGGGGCAGAGCCAGGCAAAAGAAGAAGCUCUUGUUUGACGGCGAUUGUUUGGAAAAACUGAUGCACAGGCAGAGCGCCCAAUGGAAUCCAAGCAUGAGACAUUUUGUAUUGUUCAGCAUCAAACCACAGAGAGUUGGGACCACAUCAACAGCCAGUCAGUGUGCCUGCUUUCCCGCUGUUCACAGCUCAUUGGUCCUACCAUGAACUCACCUGUUAAAAAAGAAAAAAAGUAAAAAGAGACAACACGAAAAAAGACAUACCAUAGGACACUGUGGCGGACAGUGUAACUAUUAAACUCUACAAACGUUAAAAAAAGAAGAAAAAAAAACGACUUUAAAAAAAAAAAAAGAAAAAGAAAACACAUUUACAUGUUAUAUCCAAAAGGACGAAGGUAGGGCCGGGAAAGAGAUUUAACAGAUUCAAUUUUAAAAAGAUAUUUAAAAAGAGAAAUGUAAGAGAAAAUCUAUGAGAUUCAAACAUGUUUGUUGUUACUCUCUACUUGUAAGUAUUUUUGUGGUCGUGACGAUUUUUUCAUUCUUGUCUCACCGUUGUCUGAUGGAUCGCCCUUGCAUAAUGAGAUGAGUGUGUUUCCUCCUGCUGUCUCGGCUAACCGGGUGGUAGCCUUGGGUUGUGAACCUGUAAAAUGCCAUGGUUGAAGCAUGCCAGUUUUUUAUACAAAUAUGGAGAUUUAUUUAUAAUAAAGGAAUGUUUUGCAAAUGUG